AACUUUUACAAUAGCUUAAACUUUGAUUAAUUUUUGUUAAAAGAAAUAUUUAUAUUUAAUAUAGGACAGUCUCAAAUAUCCCAUUUUACAUAUAAUAUAUUCAAUAAAUAAAAAGAAACGAGGGUACCAAUAAAAUGAAGAAUAUAACCCAAGUACCCCACUUCCCUUCCCUUCCCGACUAAAGCAAAGCAGCAGCCACCUCACCAGUCUCAUUUCAAUUUUCUUCCCACCUCACCCCUCCAAACAUUUUAUUUUUUUAAACUUAACUAGAAUCCAAAUUAAUCCACCAUCACCGUUAAAAUCACGUUACGUCCAUUGCCAUAGCUUUGUGCAAAGAUUAGAUUAUUGAUGUGGGUCUCAAUCUCAUACGAGUUAAAUGGAUACAUUGUUUAGACUUGUCAGUUUCCAACAUCAACAAGAUCAAUCUCUCAACUCAAACACCACCAUAACAACAACAACAACAACAACAUCUACCUCUUCUCGUUCCUCCAAACAAAACUAUCACCACAAUUAUUACCAAGAACAAGAAGACGAAGAAGAAUGCUUCAACUUUUUCAUGGAUGAAGAAGACCUUUCCUCCUCCUCUUCCAAACACUACUAUCCAAAUUAUCAACCCACCACAAUUACUACAAACACCCCCACCCCUACACUCACACCCCCUCCAACUGAUUUCACCUUCGAAUUAACCGGUAACUGGUCCCACAACAUCCUCCUUGAAACAGCACGCGCUAUAGCAGAAAAAAACACCACGCGCGCUCAACAACUCAUGUGGAUGCUUAACGAACUAAGCUCCCCUUACGGUGACACCGAACAAAAACUAUCUUCUUAUUUCCUCCAAGCCUUAUUCUCUCGCAUCACCGAAGCUGGUAACCGAACCUUCCGAACCUUAGCUUCGGCAUCGGAAAAAACGUGCUCAUUCGAAUCAACACGAAAAACGGUUUUGAAAUUUCAAGAAGUUAGUCCUUGGAACACUUUCGGCCACGUCGCUUCCAAUGGCGCAAUUUUAGAAACCCUAGAAGGAGAAUCCAAAUUGCAUAUAAUUGAUAUUAGCAACACUUAUUGCACUCAAUGGCCUACACUUUUCGAAGCGUUGGCCACUCGCUCCGAUGAUACACCUCACCUCCGAUUAACCACCAUAAUCACCGCCACACCAGGUGGUUCCGCACAAAAAGUUAUGAAGGAAAUUGGUACUAGAUUGGAGAAAUUCGCUAGGUUAAUGGGAGUUCCGUUUAAAUUCAACGUUAUUCAUCACGCCGGCGAUCUUUCUGAUUUGGAUUUUGGAACCUUAGAUAUUAAGGAAGAUGAAGCGUUAGCGGUUAAUUGUGUUAACGCUUUGCAUUCGGUAAGUGUUAUUGGUAAUGGUAACCGCCGCGACGCGUUGAUAUCGUCGUUGAUCGGGUUGAGGCCGAGGAUAGUGACGGUGGUUGAAGAGGAAGCUGAUUUGGAUAUUGGUAUGGAAGGAUUUGAAUUUGUUAAGGGUUUUGAAGAAUGUUUGAGAUGGUUUAGGGUUUAUUUUGAGGCAUUGGAAGAGAGUUUUUCGAAGACGAGUAAUGAGCGUUUGAUGUUGGAAAGAGAAGCAGGGAGAGGGAUUGUUGAUUUGGUGGCUUGUGGUGCGGCGGAGUCGAGGGAGAGGAGGGAGACGGCGGUUCGGUGGUCGCAGCGUUUGCAUGGUAGAGGAUUUAACACGGUGGCGUUUAGUGAUGAAGUUUGUGAUGAUGUGAGAGCUUUGUUGAGAAGGUAUAAGGAAGGGUGGUCGAUGAUGCAGUGUAGUGAUGCCGGAAUAUUCUUGACGUGGAAGGAACAGCCGGUGGUGUGGGCCAGUGCAUGGAGGCCUUGACGGAGUAUGGCUGGCACGUGUUUAUUGUUCUUUUAACACGUGCAUGGAUGAGGGUUGAGAACUUAAUUUGGUUAGAAAGUGUAGAGAAGACGACUAUUGCAGACUCAAAAUCACGUAUUAACACAUUAUCAAACUCACGAUAUUUUUUUUAGUAAUGAUGGGAUUUAUUAUUUGAGUUUGGUAAGUAAGACCAACGCACUUUGCAUGUAUUCAUCAAUGGAAAAGGAAUUAUGAACUAAUUAAUUGACUUUUUAAUUUCCUUAAUGUUUUGUGAUAUUUUUUUUUAGUGUUGUGAAGUGGAAAGUGUUAUAGCAGUAUAAGUUAUGGCAUUCAAGUUGAUCGAAACGAAUUCAUUUGUAUAGUGUUUCUGAACUUUUUGAAAAAGAAUAGUAUAUAUAUUCUUCAGUGAUCAUUCAAGAUGGAUCUUGAGAACUGGUGUAGGCACUCUGAAGUUCAAGUUAGUAAGUGAAUGAAUGCAUAUUGUGAUUUCAGAGA